AUGGAACUUGACCAACUCCCAAAGGUUGGCUAUAGUCAUGAUGACGAUGCUAACCACGACCCUGAGCCCGCCAAACCAACAGUCAAGGCCUCCGACCUCGAUGCGGCCCUACAGUUUAUCAAUUACGAUUCCAAUGACAUGCCACCUAUGAGUGAAGACGACGAAAGACGUCUAGUUAGAAAGAUUGACUUGUCUAUUGUGCCACUUAUGUUCAACUAUGCCAACAUCAUGGGACUCCAACAGGACACCAAUAUCAACGGCAACCAAUUUUCCCAACUCGCCCUCGUCUUCUACGUUAGUUACCUCGUCUUUGAGUUCCCUACAGGCUACCUUAUGCAAAUUCUCCCCACGGCAAAAUACCUCGGUGCCAACAUCAUUUGCUGGGGUAUCAUGGUUGCUUGCACCGCUGUCGCCAGGUCCUGGGGCCCUCUAGUCGCACUGCGGGUGCUGCUGGGAUGUUUCGAGGCCGCCGUCGCGCCAGCUCUCAUUCUCAUCACAGCCAUGUGGUACAAAAAGUCUGAGCAACCACUGAGGGUAGGCAUCUGGUACCUUGGCACUAGUAUUGGCCAGAUGGUUGGUUCCGCCACGUCAUUUGGCUUCCAGCACUACAAGGGAAGUACUUUCAAGUCGUGGCAGAUCAUGUUCCUCGUGUUCGGACUCAUCACCAUUGCCCUGGGUGUCCUCAUCGUUCUCAUCAUGCCCGACAAUCCCAUGGUGUCACGGCUUUCAGAAACGGAAAAGAAAUGGGCCAUUUCACGCUUGCGGGAGAAUAUGACUGGUAUUGAGAACAGGAGCUUCAAAAGAUACCAGGUCAUCGAGUGCCUUCGUGAUCCGCAGACUUGGAUAUUGUCCAUGGCCGUCUUGGCGUCUGAUAUUCCCAACGGCUUUACCAGCACAUAUUCCUCUACUGUUAUCAAGACAUUUGGUUUCACGUCCGAGGUCUCGGCGCUUAUGGGCAUACCUUCCGGCGCCUUCACUUCCAUUCUCAUCAUUGCCAGUAGCUCGCUGGCUGGCAAGUACAACAUACGCGGCUGGCUUUCGGUCGGUUUCCUCGUCUUCAGCACCAUAGGAAGCUGCCUUUUGAGUUUUUUGCCGGCCAAUGGGUAUGUAGCCGGCAAGAUGGCUGGCACGUACCUGACUUCGUGCAAUUCCCCUUCACUUGCCCUCAUGUACUCAUACGCGUCGGCCAACUUUUCCGGACACACAAAAAAGGUCACGCUGAAUGCCAUACUCCUCGCAAGCUUUUGUAUUGGCAACAUUAUCGGCCCCCUUACAUUCCGUGACAAGGACAAGCCAGAGUAUAUCCCCGCCAAGAUCGCCAUGGUUAUCACCAAUGCAUUUUCGGCACUCUGUAUGUUUGCCCUCGUUAUGUACUAUAAGAGGGAGAAUCGUCGUCGCGAUCGCGUCUACGGAGGCCUCGAGCACGUGGAAAAUUCCGAAUUCUUCAACCUAACUGAUCGCGAGAACAUGGAGUUUCGGUAUUCUCUAUGA